GCAUCAGCAUCAGUAGUGACAGGAACAGCAGCAACCGCAGCAUCAUCCACGUCCAACACAGAAAUCGAACAGCUGCAGCAGGCGCUGCUCGACAAGCAAACACAGCUGUACGCAUUGGAGACAGCCUGUCUGCGUGAAUCGGAGCGCCAAUUGGAGCUGGAGGAUAGCGUGAUUGCGUGGCAGGAUAAGUACGAUCGAUUGUACGAGUCGCACAAGCGUGUCCAAAAAGUCAAUCAGACCCUGGAGGAUAAGAUGCUCAAGCUCGUCGAUCGCAACACAAAUGAGCGGGCUCAGCUCACCAGUGAUGUGGCCACGCUCAGCGUUCGAUUGGCCCAGGCCAACUUCAACAUUGCCAAGCUGCAAAGGGAAAUUGAACGUUACAAGGCCGACAUUAGUCUUGCCAUACAAUUGCUGCAGUGCAAGCCGGACAGCUUUGUGCCACAGAAGGUGUCCUCGCUGCCAAUUGACAUUCAGUCCAAGGUGUCGGCUUAUAUGCGCUUGGAGACCAAUUCACAUUCGGAUUCGGAGUGUAGCAAUAGUGGUGUUGGCAUUGCCACAACGGCUUCCUAUAAAGUGCUUCCGGUCUCGGACUCGCCACCGCCGGCGCCCUGCCCCUUUCCACCAACCGCCAUGGUGUAUUCGAUGCGGGGACUUGGUAAGUACGCCGCUAAUGGCAAUUCCAGCAAUGCACAACAGCAACAAACAGCACCAGCGAACAACAACAACAACAACAACAACAAUAAUAAUAAUAAUAAUAGCAACAACAAUAACAACAACACAAGCAGCAGCAGCAAUAACAGCACCAAGGAUGCGACAAACGCUGAUCCUGAUAUGAUAUCUCCAACAGUAAUGGCCAAGUUUCUGGAGGAUGAACUCAAAGUGAACGAUGUAAAGCAUUGCGAUACGUGCCAGUGCACCAAACAGGAUCUGACUGUCUUGGCGGAUGUAUCGCGUUCCUAUUCGGUGGCGACACAAACACCACAUGCCCUCGGAGCCGGCUCAACUCUGCCAAACGAGCCACUAACGCAGCUCUGUCUGCGAUGUAAUAGCAAUCUGAACUCCCCGUCACGCACGAAUAGUCCUUAUAUGAUGAAGCUGGUCAAGUCGAGCGAUUCUGUCAUCUCGGAGACAAAGAGCUCCGUCUCCGAUCUGAACGACAUGGAUAAACUGUUUACGCCGCCCAAGAAGGAUGAUCUCAUGGUUAAUCCCAUACUGGGUCAUCACAGGCUGUGCGAGAGAACUACGGGGCAGGCCUCCACCCUGAUGUAUCCGACCACACAUCUGGGUGCCUAUGGUGCGGAGAAGUAUCUGCUGGAGACAAGCAAUCUGGGUCAGCUGCGGCAUGGAGCUGCUUCGCAGCAUCGUCGCUUUGUGGAUGGAGGCGGCACAGCGCUGCAGCUGCUCAACAAAUUUGAGGCAACAACAGUUGCACCCGAUCUGGAGCUGGAGGACGAGAUCAGUAAGCCACUGCUAGCGGGCAUAUCACAGGCCAAUCUGCUGGAAACGGAGCAGCAGCCGAGCAUGCAGAUCGCCAAGCCGGAGGAUGUCUGUGAACCGCAGCCAGCGAAGAUAACAACUGCGGCAGUUGCCGCCACUGCCACUGUGGCACCAACAACUGGUUCUCAGCUCAAGUCAACCAACUCGGGCAGCGUCCAGAGUCUGUGGAGCAACAAGACGAGCAGCUGCGAGGGCGCCAAAAUGUUUGAGACCUUCAAUCGAAAUCUCAUCAAGACCAUUAAGGCGGAGAAUCCCAAGAAUCGUGGUCCACGCCUCUGUGCGAUGCGCAUCCAGCAGAAUGGCCAAAGCAACAUACUGCUGGACAAUCUGGAGUCCAUAGAGACACAUGUGCCGGUGAUCUAUAAGCGAAGGGAGCGACUGCUGGACGAGGAGCUAAACGAUGGCAAGGACAUCAUCACAUCCAAGGAGAGCAAUGCGGCGGCUGCCGUUGAGGCCUGGCAAGGCCCUGCAACGCCGCUGGAGAAUGUGGCACUGCAGCCCGUGCUGGAGCCACAAGUGGAGGCAAAAGAGACUGAAAAGAGCGUCCAAAUGGAUGACGGCAACAAGACAGCGGCAGCAGUGGAAGCUGAGGCCGGACCAGUGGGAGUGGUUGCUGCAGCGGGACCAACUGCAGCAGCCACCGUUGCCGUCUCCCCCAAACACUCGGCCAACUCGAGUUCGCUGAGCGAUGCGAUUGAUUACCAGGAGAGCGUAAUGCUCCGCCGACAGCAACUAAAUCGAGUUGCGGAGUGGGUGCAGCACAAUACACAGCAGUUGGAGCAGCGGGCGCUGCAGCCACCUGCACUGCCCACGGAUUCCAAUUCGGGCACGGAGCGUCAAUCGUCGUACUCCACACUCGAUCGCAUGGACUCCAUAUCCAUUGAGAAACUAAGCAUGGAUUCGGGCUACAAGACAACGCCCCAACAGCUGACCAAUGGCUAUGCGGAUGCGGGCAAAUCCACGGAGGAUUCACUGUCACCCAAGACGGACAUCACGAGCAACUCACUGCCGGAGCCGACGCCCAGCCAGAAGGGUGCCGCUGCUGUGGCAGCAGCGAAUGUGGUGACCAAAAAAGCAGAGCUCUGCACCACCUAUUAUAGACGCACCACACGCUCCGGUUUGCCAGUGGCCUACACCACCACCACCACGACGACGACGACAAUGAUUGCUCCCGGCUCGGAAUCGCAGCGAUGCUCCACCUCAUCGGGAUCACCGGCGCUGCAGUGCCCCGAACAGCCCACGUGUGAUAUACUCAACUAUAAAUACUAUCCCAAUGAUACGGACAAGACGCGAUCCGUGCAGGCGGAGCUGCACACAACCACCCAGCAUGUGGACAUCGCCCAGAUGGAGUACAAUGUGAAGCAGUUUCUGCUCAAGCAGAACGAAUGGUCCAUGCGAGCAUCCGAGUCCGCCUCGGGCGGCACAGUACUGCGGCACACGCGUGUCCUCGGACCAGGGGUGGGGGAGAGGGUGCGCAUGGCAACGCCGGGUGGCGCUGUGGCAGCCGCGCCCAGCGCCCUGGCACCGCACAGAACUGAAACGAAUUUAUAAGCGAAUCCCCCGAAAAGAAAACACAUGAGUCUAAAACCAAAAUUGUAUUCUAGUCUAGCGCAAAAGUUUAGUAAGGGAACGGCAAUGCUUAUAAGGAGUAAAAAUAAACUAGUUAAUGUACGAUAAACAUAUA